AUGGCUAUUCAAUACCUAAUUCUGCUGUCUCGCCAGGGCAAGGUCCGUCUGGCGAAAUGGUUCACAACCUUGUCCCCCAAAGACAAGGCAAAGAUUGUCAAGGACGUAUCACAACUGGUUCUGGCAAGACGGACACGAAUGUGCAAUUUCAUUGAAUACAAAGAUACAAAAAUCGUGUACCGCCGAUACGCGUCCCUCUUCUUCAUUGCUGGCAGCGCCUCCGAAGACAACGAACUUAUUACACUUGAAAUCAUCCACCGCUACGUCGAACAGAUGGACAAAUAUUACGGCAAUGUUUGCGAACUUGAUAUUAUUUUUUCCUUUACGAAAGCAUACUACAUUCUCGACGAAUUGCUGCUCGCUGGCGAGCUGCAAGAGAGUAGCAAGAAAAACGUCUUAAGAUGUAUAGGUCAACAAGACUCAUUAGAAGAUAUGGAGGUCGAAGAUGAAGUAACCAAGCUUAUGUAA